CAGAGUCUCAAUAGCACGCUAGUACCAUACGCAGAUCGAGUGCGUGUGUGACUUUCCUCAUUGGAGAAAUGUCGUCGGCACUCGUGGCUGCUAAAUAAACGACGAAACAUGUCCGGACCGAUAGUCAGUCGUGCGCAGACACCCGGCGGUGAUGUUCAAAUAGGUAUAACGGUGGGUUGUGUUGUCUGUAAUAGGACUGACAAGUUGUUAAGGUGUUCACGGUGCAAGGCCGUCUUUUAUUGUACUAAAGAACACCAGAAACGGGACUGGAAACGUCACAAAGAAUUUUGUGCGAUUCACUCUAUGGAAUCGAUCGUAUCAGAUACAGUUUCGGCUACUAGUCAAAAUUCCAUUCUAAAAUCUAAGAAGGAAUCAUCCUUAAAAAACUGCCACAUUUCAACUGCACCAGUGGUUUCUAACCUAAGCGAGAAAUCAGUGUUAGGAAGAACGCGAGGAUCAAACGCUGUUCCAGAUGUACAUAAUAACGUGAAACAUCUUGAAGGAAUCAACAAACAGACAGAAAAAAUAAAAGGACAAUUAGAUCACAAGGAAAGCCAAAAUUCCAAAAGAAAAUCUAAUAACAUUAAAACAAAAGGUACUCGUACUAACAGAGUGGAUGGAUGGACUUCUCCAAUAACAUAUGAAGGAAGUUCUGAAGAUACAAUCUUAGGUGCCAGAACAGAAUCAUUGAAUCCUGCUUUACAAGAUUCAAGAAUUCUUGAUAACCUACAAGACAAUGAACUAGAUAUGCCUACUCAACAUCAUAACGGUAUGAAGAACUUUCCAGAGGUUCAUUUAACUCGUGAAGAAGAAUUUUUACCACCUUUCCUCCAUAAAAAUAAAAAUAAUCUUGAAAAAUUAAUAGACGAUAUAAGCAGAAAUGUGAUUAGAGACAUGGAUGAAUAUGGUAUGUGUGUGGUAGAUAAUUUUCUAGGAACGGAAAAAGGUGGUGCAGUGUUAAAAGAAGUUUUAAAUAUGUACAGUGCUGGGUUAUUUAAGGAUGGACAAUUGGUUUCUAAUAAAGCAGGUGCAAAUGACUUAAAGACAAUUCGUGGUGAUCAAAUAACGUGGCUUGAUGGUAAAGAAAAACAAUGUCAAAAUAUUGGGAUGCUCAUAUCUCAAGUUGAUGCAGUCAUUAUGAGGGCAAAUAAAAUGUGUAAUAAUGGAAAAAUGGGAAAGUACACAAUCAAUGGAAGGACAAAGGCGAUGGUGGCUUGUUAUCCUGGUCACGGUUCGCAUUACGUAAAACACGUGGAUAAUCCUAAUCGAGAUGGACGAUGCAUCACAGCUAUAUAUUAUCUCAAUCAAAAUUGGGAUAUCAAGAAAAACGGUGGCCUCUUGAGGAUAUUUCCAGAAGGUUGGCGUGAUCAAGUGGCAGAUAUUGAACCUCUUUUCGACAGAAUACUGUUCUUCUGGUCAGACAGGAGAAAUCCGCACGAAGUUCAGCCAGCAUAUAAAACAAGAUAUGCAAUUACUCUAUGGUAUUUCGAUGCAGAAGAAAGAAAUCAAGCUUGCCGAAGAUAUCAAAAAGAAAAAGAAUUACAUGUGAAGAAUGAAAGUUCGUGAGACAUGGAGUCUGAAGGACCAUUACACCGUCCGUCGACUGAAAUUAUAACUCUAUUAGUUAAAGUUAUACACCUGUACAUAGUUACACGAAGAAAGCACUGGUAUAUAAACUAUUAUGUAUUAUUCUGUAUUAUGAUAUAGUUGAGAUUGUAGGAAAUACGGACAUCGGAGUAUAUAAAAAUUUAAGGAUGUGCAAUAAAUAUAUAAGCGCGUUCUUUUUUUAUAUGAUGGCAUUGUAAUAUAUUUCGAUGAGUAAAUGCGCGUAGCCUUUACAGUUCAUUAUUAUACAUAUUAAUCAUUAAUCUCUGUUUUUUCUAACACUCUAAUGCUCAUACUGUAAUCGAACGUUUGUAAAAGUUUAGCAUUAGCUUGCCACGAUUGUAAGUUUGUUCGUUAUAUCAAUACGAUACUUAGCUUCAAUAUUUGAAGCAUUAAAAUUUUUUGCAGCAUUCGUAAUUCGUAUACGAUUGCUAAAGUUAUAUAGUGUACAGAAAGGACGAGAGAGCAUAAAAUGUAUGUGUAGGAUGAGAGUGAAAGUUUGUAUGCUGAAGAAAGAGAUCGAUUUAAAUAAUGAAAUUAAUGUUUCUAUCUUAAAAUUUGCUAAACAAAAAUUUUGUCUUAUUACAUUAACUACAUAUGUUUCCUUUCUGUAUAGCUGCUAUUGUUAAUAACAAUUCAGCUUGUUAUUAAUAUGAAAUUGUAAUAUUUGUGAAUCGUACUAUUACGUUUUAUUAUUGCAUCUCAUAUAUUACGCGUUGUUCUAUAAAGUUAUAAUCCUUAUAUUGAUGUUUGAUUAAACGGCCAGUAAUUGACUUAUGCUUCCAGCGCAGUGAAUUGAGAUAUGCCGGGGCCCAGUCUGUACCUGUAAUAUUGUUAUGUACAUUGCGAAGAGGUAGAAACACAUGUGUUUAAUAUUGUAUGUAUCUAUUUAUAUAAAUCGAUAAGAAAAAAAAAAACACGAAAAAAAU